CCGGUGUGAAGCCAAUUGUUUAAACGCGCUGACUGCAGCAACAGCAACAACAGCUAAGAAGCAACACGUUCGUGCGCGCUAUAUUUAUUGCCUAUUUCUUUUGAAAUAUUAUAAACAUUUGCUCGAUCUUUUUGAUUGCCAACCAUGUCUGACGUGUACAUUGUAUCUGCAGCGCGUACACCAAUUGGUAGCUUCAAUGGCACACUUUCUAAACUCAAGGCAUCCGAUCUGGGCAGUGUGGUGAUCAAAGAGGUGCUGCGCAGGGCCAAUGUCGAGGCUGCUCAAGUCAACGAAGUCAUCAUGGGCCAGGCACUCACGGCGGGUCAAGGUCAAAAUCCGGCACGUCAAGCUUCUCUCAAAGCCGGACUGCCCAUCGAAGUGCCCGCCUAUGGCAUCAAUAUGCUCUGCGGCAGCGGCUUGAAAACUGUAACGCUUGGCUACCAGGCCAUCAGAUCAGGAGAUGCUCAAAUUGUCAUUGCCGGCGGCCAGGAAAACAUGUCUUUGGCACCACACACACUUCAUCUGCGUGCGGGCGUUAAAUUGGGCGCUGCUAGCAUGGUGGAUUCACUGCUGAAUGAUGGCCUGACCGAUGCCAUGGAUCUGAUACACAUGGGAGUCACGGCCGAGAAUCUCGCUGCAAAGUAUCAAAUAACCCGCGAGGCUCAAGAUGCGUUUGCUGUGCAAUCCCAGCAACGUGCUGGCCACGCACAACAACAAGGCUUCUUUGAUAAGGAGAUUGUGUCAGUGGAGAUUAAGGAUCGCAAGGGUACCACACAGUUUGCCAAGGAUGAGUACAUUAAGGCGGACAGCAGCGUGGAAGGUUUACAAAAGCUGCGCGCUGCCUUCAAGGAGAAUGGCACCGUAACGCCUGGAAAUGCUUCGGGCGUGAAUGAUUCAGCGGCUGCGUUGCUGCUCAUGUCGGGCGAGGAGGUGAACAAGCGUGGUCUCAAGCCGCUGGCCAAGAUUGUGGGCUGGACGCAAAGCGGCAUUGAGCCCAACGUAAUGGGACUGGGUCCAGUGACAGCGGUGGAGGCUUUGCUAACGAAGCUCAACUGGAGUCGCGAUGAUGUGGAUCUGUAUGAGCUGAAUGAAGCAUUCGCUGCCCAAUCGCUGGCUGUGCUGCAGUGCCUCCAACUGGAUAGCAGCAAGGUGAAUGUGAAUGGCGGCGCAAUUGCUUUGGGUCAUCCAAUUGGUGCUUCAGGUGCACGUGUGCUUGUCACGUUGCUCUACGCUCUGGAACGCACUGGCGGACGUCGUGGCAUCGCCUCCCUCUGCAUUGGCGGUGGCAUGGGCAUCGCUUUAGCUGUUGAGCGAAUCAUUUAAAACAUUUAAGCUGCCAGCCAAUUAGCUCAAUUUGCAUCAAUUUUCCACUACUUGUUGUCAGGUGUACAGUUUACUGUAUUAUUCAUUUUCCUUUUGGGUAUUUCAAAUGGUCACAAAAGUUGCAAAAACAUAUUGUAUUUUAGCUUGCAUUGUAUUUUUCGAAAUUAAUGUAAAUGUUAUGCGACAUUGUUCGUUAUUUAUUUAGACUUACAGAUGUAAAGAAGCACGGGUAUAAUUAAACUUUUAACUAUUUAUAAAAAUUCUUUAUGAAAAAUACUAUAUAUUAAAA